GAUUUACUUCCUUACUCGGAACGAGUGUGAAUGAGUACGAGUGCUGUUGUGUCACAUUUCGUAAUCAAAUGCGGAAGACAAAAAUACUUUUGAACUGUCGUUUCUAAUUGAAUUAAGCCAGCAAUGGCUUUGGUGACAGUCCAACGAUCUCCGAGCCCUAGCACCGAUCCAGAUUCGGAAACCCCAGAUGGUGAAGAAGGAGGAAGUGGUCGAUCGCCUCUCCGGAAUAGGAGAUCCCACAAACAAAAUGUGCAAAGACUGCGAAAGUUAUUCCAUUCUGUUCGCUUUAUCUCAAAGCUUCGUCCCUGCUUGAGUGAGAGCUAUUUCACUGUUCGAGGUGCAGCUCUCAUCCUACCUCAAGGAGAAAGGCCUCGGAGGUCAUCGAAAAAGAGCCAUGGUGGCGACAUCCAGCACCACCUCCAGUCUAUGCUGUACCUGCUCCGACAUGAAGAUCGCAUUAAAGUUGCGGUCAAGCUGGAGCCCUCUGGCGUGGACGGCCAUCAGCGCUACAUGGCUCUUGUGUCCACGGUGGGGAGGCAGGACACUGAGGAGUCGGUCAUCCUCGGCAUCGACUACGUCAAGGACAUCUCCACCAUCGGUCUGGUCCUCCCCAUCUACAACGGCACCCAGAUCAGACUUGAUGGCGACGGAGGCUUCAGUGUGAAGAUAUCGGCAGAUGACCACAAGUUCCUCUUUAAGCCGGUGUCUGUCCAAGCCAUGUGGUCGGCCCUGCAGAGUCUACAGAAGGCUGUGAAGGUCGCUGGAGAUGAGACCUACAUCCCUAAUGGUCUGACACCUUUGUUGCUACACCAGUGGGUGCAGUACUACAUGUCACAGGUGGACAACUCUACUCCAGGGCUUGUCUCCCAGUGGAACGUGAUGGAGGGAGUUGAGAUCAAUCUGUCCAGUCUGGUGCCAACAACGACUGAUGGGGAGGCAUCUGAGAUGAAGGCAAGGAUUAGCAGUAGCCUGAGAGAAGUCAUGAUGAAGGCAGACCUGGAUGUUGCAACUUCCAGAUCUCUUCGUCUGUCAGUGGAGGAAUCCAUUGAAGCAAAGGUUACUGGGUUCCGGGAAUAUUUUGACUCGGAGAUGAUGAGGAUUCUGGGACAGAUGGAUGCCCCUUGGGCACAGAAUGGAAUACUUCCAACAUCCUAUAUCUGGGCACAGAAACUGGAAUGCUUUCCAACAUCUGUGAAGUACAUUCUUAACGUGACGAGGGAGAUCGACAACUUCUUCCCUGGACAGCUCAAGUACAUGAAUAUACGUUUGUAUGACGUAGAAGAAUCACAACUGUUGCCUCAUUGGGAGAAAACCUACAGAUUUAUAUCAAAAGCCAAAAAAAAUGGUUCCAAGGUGCUGGUUCACUGUAAGAGAGGAAUCAGCCGAUCAGCUUCAACUGUGAUAGCCUAUCUGAUGAAGGAGAACAAAUGGUCCCUGGAUGAUGCAUACGAGUAUGUCCUUGAACGGCGAAAUGUCAUUAAUCCCAACGAUGGCUUCAUGGAACAGUUGAGGACGUAUGAAGGCAUCUUGAGUGCCAGCAACCAGAGACAUAUCUUUAAGUCCCAGUCAGCCGAGAAUCUCGUUGACAUGAAAGAAGAUGAUGACCGUGCCAGUGAGGCUGUUUUUUUAGAAGGAGACGAUCUCUACCGCGGAAUGUUCGAGUCAGGAUACAACCCUGCUUCCGAGGAAGAGGUGCUUCGAUCAUUGGGAAAAGGUAGAGAUCUAGAAGAUGCUGACAUGGUCCACAUUGGGGCCGAUCUAGAGACGGGAUCCCGUAGCACUGACUCCCUAGAAGAGUCCUUGCCAGACAUCCCAUCACCCACACCAGAUCAACAAGAUGCUAUCUCCAAGAAGAAGAGUUCCACAAAGGGAGAAUACUCAUUUACCACACAGUAUGACGAGGCUGUGGCUACCAGUGGCGAGGUAGCAGGCCUGGAUUUGAUUCAGGAGUAUGCAUCUGAUGCUGAGGAUGAGGCAUCAAUUGUGUAUCCUGUGGGCAGAUGUAGCCAGAACGCAUCUCCCGUUAUCAGUAUUAGUGACUGUGGAGGAGGACAACCAGAAGGGCAUGGAGAUCUGCCUCAUGUGUCUUCACAGUCAAGGUUGCGUCCAGACAAUAGCUGGAUUAAGCUUGAAUCAGAGGAAAUGGUUCCUGCUCAGGAGGAACCUGUGCUUGGUGAUAGUUCCGUUAGCGGGUCUCCUCCUAAAUUUGUGGUCGGUGAGGAUGUAUUCAUAUCAACACCAGUGCCGGAAUCAAAAGAUGAAGAUGUUAAAAUGGGCUCUCCUGUGUUAUCUAUGGUUAAACAGACUGAGUCAAAAGGUGCUCGAGUUCGCAGUGCUUCCAUGGGGGAAGGGAAGGAUGGGGAUGAAUGUGAGAAGUGCGAGAGAGAUGCGACCAAACUGUCUGUCAGGAAUCGUGCUGCAUCCUUGGGGAGUCGUAAAGCAGAAGAGGAUGCAGCUGCCACUGACGACAAAGAUUCAGAGGCAGCUGGUAGCCAGGAUGGAGAUAAAGUGAUGAUUGAUAAAAAGGGGCAGCUAGGAAUUAGACAGUACUACACCCGUGAACAAAUUCCUUGGUGUCCAGGUACUGUGCAAAAGAUGAGGUCAGGCUUCUGUAAAAAUCUCCCCAGCUCUGAUGAGGAGACCGAAUCUGGGCAAAAAGAAUCAAAAAAGAGAAAGUCUACCACAGAUGAGCCCAUCUUGGAUGUAGACAUUUUGGAGGUCACUGGUCCUCCAGAGGUGAGAUCAAAGGGAGAUAACUCUGAACGGUUGACACAAAGCUGUGUAGAGUUACCUUCCCAUGAUGAUGAAGAUGAGUUUUAUGGUUUGGAACAAAAGCGUCCCAAGUCUGUGUAUGAGGAAGAGGAUAUCCAGCUCCCACAGGGAAUGGUCCGGAUUUUCAAAGACAGACUGGAAGCAAACAGAGCUACUGAUGACUCCAAAUCUUCAACAGAAUCUCGUCCCAUUCAGCGAUCAGCAAGCCUCAAAGAGGAAAGAGAAUCUACAAAGUCAAAACGUUCCGAACGUCGAAAGACUUGCUCUCCAAUAAUGUCUCCUUCUCAUACAGCUCCAAUCUGCGACAGAAACACAGAAAAUGUGCUCCCAGAAUAUUGUCAAGGGGAGGAAACUCUGCCGGACCAAGAUGGUGGCUCUGAGCCGAUGUCAGAAUCUCAGUUCUGUGAAGAAAGGGUCAGUGAUAGUGAGAAGAAUAUCACUACAGUAAAAUGCGGCAAAGAAGAGGUGCAGCUUGAAAAGGGCUUUGUACAGAAAUAUAAACAAGAUUUUGAGAACCGAAGUGACACAGAAUCAAGGAAAAGACUUUCCUCAGAGAGCAGUGUGUCUUCCAUGACUUUAGAAGCACAUGACACCCAACUUUCAACGAAAGACGACACCCUUGGACUGAAACCUCAAGGUCAAGAAACUGACCAACCAUUGGCCAGACAGACCACUGACCGAUGCAGCCCCACCUCUGACAUCAUUCCAUCCACUUCUGCCUGUGAUCCAACAGAAUACUCAAACAGUUCAGUUGUAUCGGAGAGACUUAUCAGAACCGUCAAGGAGCAGACGUCAAUAUUGGAAGGUAAAGAAACACUUGAACCAGAGAUACAACCCGUUUCUCAUGUUUCUAAGAAGAGGAAAAAGGAAGACAAAAGUUCCAUUGAUCCUCAAGUUCGUGCUAAGAUGAGAGAAAUGGGAUCUGAGUUUCUUUCUCAACCCCAGAAAGAACCGGAGGAAGAAGAUAUUCAGGAUUUGACUCUGGUCAAGCAGGUUGUCCGAAAUAUCGAGAAGGACACAAAGGUGAAGAAACCGGAGAGGAAGAUAAUCAUCAUUGAAGAAGGAAAGAAGGUUGAAACAGCUGGAAAAGGAGGAAAUCAGCCUCUUUCUGAAAAAAGCAAAUCAUUUGACGAUAGUGGAAGCGUGGGUUUGAGGAGAACCAGACAGUGGGUUAAGGACGGAGGUUCUGCCAGUUUUGAAAGUUCAGAAAUGAUGGACAAGGAUUACAAAGAGAAUAGACUUGGUCUGUGCUUGAAUCUUGAGCAGGAGUCCGAUCUGAGGAUGAUGAGCAACAGAAUUCAAACGGGAACAUUUCACCUAGGAGUGAUUCUGAAUCGUCAAUUGUAACACCUUGUUGGGCGUUUCGAAAACAUUAAAAGCCCGACUUCUGACUCGACAGAUGGCUGUCGAUCAAAUCGCAGCUCAGUUGGAGAGUUUGGUUUGUGUUUUGUGGAUAGUAAGAAAAAGAGGGAUGAGGAUGAGGAUGUUGAAAUGAGAUCGAAGUUUUCAGGUUUUGAAACAUCCAGACCAGUGCGACCCAAAUCAGCUGACCAUAUAGCUAAACAUGACCCAAGGUCACAGGUUCAAGUUCAUGACCAAACAAGGGACUUGGCAUCGUCUCGUGAUCAUUCAGCUGGAUCAGGGAAAGAUGAACGACCUGAUGAUGCUCGUAAAGUUCGACGGGUUCAUGGACAAAGUAACCCUGUCACUCAAAGACUGGGUGCAAGCCCUUUUUACAACACAAUGUAAAUUUAUGAAAUGUAACCAUUUGCCUUAGCAUUUCAUAGUGCGUUAAUUGAUCAAAAUAUUCUGUAAUGAUUAUUUAGGUGACCUGUAGGAUGUUAUUGGAUGGUACUGGACAGUUCAUCAUUAUGUUGAUGCUUGAAACAAAUAGUGAUUGGCCAAAAGAAACAGCCAUGUUGGUACGUUCUCCGAAACUCAAAUAACCAUGUUCGGGGUAAUGUUUUUCUCAACCAACAGUCAACAGAUCAGUUACUUCUGAUUGAGGUUUAUUUCAAGGUAAAGAAAUUCUGUCAUGAAAUAAGAUGAAGGUCAAGGUCAUGACAGAUAAAACUGAUUUUGACUAUGUAUCAAUGAAGUAACUUGACAAUCAUUCUGUACCAUUCAUGAAGAUGGUAGAAUUAAAAAACAAACAGCUUUCUGUCUCGUGCACUCAUACCUCGCAAAACUAUGUCUCAGAGGUCACAUGACUCCGAAUCAUCUCGUCCUGUCAACUAUACGAUGCUAUUGUCUUGACAACAUUCUUUUCUAACAUAUGUGUCUAUUUAAACCCACAAUUUAAAUUAACAAGCAUGCUUUAGUUUUCAAAUGUUUUCCUAUAAUAUGCUUUCAAUGUACACUACGAAAAAUAAGUUAAAUAAAACCCAUUUCUUUCAAAGGACUAUAGUGAUCAUACGAUAACUGAUUGCCUAUAGUCAUAUGCAAAAAUCGGGUAUUUUUCAUUGUAAUGUGCUUUAAGUUUAUGCUGUUGAGUAGUUAAAGAAUGCCUGAUUCUAUCGUAUGAUUAUAGUUUGUCAUGCUAGAUUCACUAUAGUCGUAUGAAAGUAGUAUAUUUUUAACUAUUACAAGCACCAAAUAUUAUUUGCUCGUAUGUCUUUAAAAUGAUGUAAACUGAAUCUUACUGAACGAUUUUGUGUCAUAAUAAUCAAAUGUUAAGUAUUGUGGUGUAUGUUUUGGUGAUCGUGGUCACAUACGGCAUUACAAUCAAAGUUAUUCAUUGAUACAAAGUGUAUGUGAAUUUAAGGUGAAUGUGGAUAAAAUAUAUUUAUGAAAACAAAACUUGA